AUGAUUGCAAAACAUCUUAUGACUCUGCCCUUCGCUGCGACUCUGGCUGCUGCCCAGGGCGGGCUCUUCAUCGUGCACUGCAAGCAAUUGACGGUGCAGCGCACCGAUCCAAUCAUCCAACCAGGCGAACUGAGUAGCCAUGUCCACGCCGUCGUCGGGGGCACCGGCUACUACAUGUCAAUGUCCAACGAGGACGCACGAAAUGCACACAAUACUACUUGCGACAAGGCUUUGGACAAGAGCAACUACUGGCAGCCGCAGCUGUACCACCAGCACCACGACGACAGCUUCGAGCUGAUCAAGCUACUCGGAAUUGCUGCGUAUUACAUUGAUCGUACUUGUGACUAUCAGCCGGGCCGCAGAAACUGCAGAGGCACCCCGGGCGCCAUUGCACCGCCAGAGGGCCUUCGCAUGCUCUCGGGCGACACGCUGAGAAGAACGUACGAUCACAGUGACUAUACCAACCGUGCCGUGAGCCACGUCUGCCUUGACCCUGGCAAAGACUACGUUGAGCUCCCGCAGAAGCUCUGCAACGAGAUGCGGGCGCAAGUCUUCUUCCCCUCCUGCUGGGAUGGAAAUAACCUUGACUCCCCUGAUCACAAGAGCCACGUGUCCUUCCCCAGCAUUGGUGACUACAACGGCGGUGUCUGCCCUGAAUCCCAUCCCGUCGCCAUAGUCUCCGUCUUUACUGAGUUCUACUACAACACGCGCCAGAUCCAGGGCAGCGCCUUCCGCCGCUGGGUCUACGCCAACGGCGACACAACCGGCUACGGCCUCCACGCGGAUUACCUGCAGGGCUGGGAGGACCAGGACAGGCUCGAACGCGCCAUGAAGACCUGUACCGGCAAGCAGGGUACCAACAGCCCGGACUGCAGUCUGUAUGUAGGCCCCAACGGCGCCGGAAAGACGUCGUUCCAGAAGCCCGAGAGAGACCCCCCCACGGAAGACGUUGGUCUGAACGGCCGCCUCCGGAAGCUUCCGGGCAACAACGCCGUCUACGGAGGCAACGCUACCACGUCUAACUAG